GCUAGAGAAUUGGGCAAGACAUCCUCUUCAUUCUUUACACAGAUUUUGAGGAUUGAGGUGUUUUUUGUGUUCUUUAACAGUGCUUUCAAUUUGGAUUGCGAAGAAUCUUUUGAACUAAAAAAAAGGCUACCCAGGAAGAAGAAUACAGGACCAGGAAUGACAGUAAGAAUCAGAUUUACUGUAGAGGAAAGGAAGAGGAACAAAAUUAUAUACAAAUAAGUUCAUAGAUUUGCUUCAGCCUUCAUGCUGUAGGCUAUGGGAGGACUAUGGUAACUAACGAGUCAUAGAAACUCACUCAUACAACCACACAUUAUCAUUGACUCAGUGAAUAAGGUAAACCGUUUAAUAGCCACUGUGCUCUCUGCCACACAAAAUUAAUAUUGUAAAGACGUAGGUGAUAUAUAGAUAUACAUACAGUAUAUACACAUAAAAGUCCAGCAGACACACAUACAUUCACACAGGGACAAAUACAUAGACUGAAAGAACAUAAAGAACCAACACCCACACAAACUCCCAGAGGCAACCAUGAGGGUUGUGUUGGUGCUAGGAGGCCUAACUAUCCUGGUCUCUAUGGGCCUGGCCCUGAUCGUCUUUGGCCAGUCCCUGACAGAAGCCAAGCUGACCCUGCAGAACCUGCAUCUGGAUCAGAUGCAGAGGGCGCGCGUCAACCAACUCAAGGAGAGGCAGUGGCUGGAAAACUUGCUGAAGGGGCAGUUAGACUGGAAGAAGAAGAAUGUGGAGGAGAUGGAGGCAGAGGUGAAGAAACUGACCGAAGAGGAGGGGAAGAAGAAGACUGAGGUUGAGGCCUGCCAGGCAGACAAGAAACAAAAGGAGGAAGUACUUGCACCCAUACAGAAGGAGCAGAGUGAUAUUGAAGCGACGUUCAAUACUGAAAAGGAGGCUUGGACUGGGGAGAUCACCACACUCAAACAGCAAUUGGAGCAGAGGAGCAAAGUGUGUGGUUUUGUAAAGGACUCAACAGAUACAGCGACAUUAUGUCCACCCAAAGAAGGAGCAGCAAAAGCUGAAACGGCCCCUGUACAAGGUCAACCUGCCUCGACAAAAGCUGAAGCGGCCCAUGUACAAGGUGAACCUGCCUCUGCAAAAGCUGAAGCGGCCCCUGUUAAACCUGAAGUGGCCCCUGUUAAACCUGAAGCGGCCCUUGUUAAACCUGAAGUGGCCCCUGCUCCAAAGUAGUAAAUGUCUCAAAUUUCUCUCAGAAUAACAUUAAUGGUGUGUAGUCAUUCAUUCAUGAUGCGCACUCAUAUUUAUGUUUUUUUUUUUGUGGGUAAUCUUGUGGGUAAUCUUGGCAACCCCAUGUAAAUUACACCAUUUAUGUUAUGUAGUCUGUACACAAGAGAUUAGGCUGUGGGCAUUGUCAAUGUUUCAGUUUGGCACACUAUGUAGCCUAAAGUAAUUAGGUGCUGUUCGUUUUUAAAAACUAUGGAUAUCUUAUCAGUUUUUAAAUAAAUGUUUUUUGUUUUUCAUUUACAUUUUUAUAAAGCCUUUUAGUUAGGCACAGAAAACAUGGAAAGAGAAACCACUGCCUUUCCCUGUUGAUGGUUCGUGUGAUGAAGAGGGAGGAACUCCUAUCAAACCUGCACAGUUCAAUACCAAUAUAACUUAGACCAUUAAAGCUUUAAUACAGCUUACCUUAUCAUCACCAUCAUUGACUGCCAGGGUAAAACAUAAUAUUGUAACGCUGUUGGGUGUAAUCUGCCAGGGUAAAAUGGAGCCGGCUAGUGGACGAGUAAUAUGUAAACGUAGGGUGACAGUGAGCCACCAGCAAAAUAACCAUAGAUGAGAUGUUGACAAUGGCUAAUUAAUAGGCAUAAAUAAAUAGUAUUUCUAUGAUUGCAGUCUUCAAAGAUUGAAUUGCAAUGAAUCAGAUUCAGGCGCAGUGUUUUGUGCUUUGGAAUGUUCAGUAUUCCUGGGAUACCAUGCUGUCACCAUGUAAAUUAUAUAAAAACAUUUAUAAAACAGGUUGUUUGGAUCCUGGAUGCAGACUGGUUGAUAGAAGAGAGUUAUAGCACAACAAUCCCCGCAUUCACCGGGUAAUGCCUGUUAACAGUUCAAUUAGAUUUAUUAAUGCGCAUCCACUAUCCACUAGCCUGGCUGACGCGACUCACGGUACCACACAGCAAUGAAGAGCUGUGACUCACUGGUCUGGAAAGGAGGCUGUUAAUUAAUGCAAUAUUCACUCAGAAAUUGAGCAGAUGGAUUGAUUGGAUGAGACCUCUCAUUGUUUGGAUUUGAAAAUCCAACAUUUGUAAUGGAAGGGGGCAGCACUCAGGGGCUUUGUGUGGCUGUGCCUGUAGGUGUUUGAGUGAGACAACAUCAAAACAGCCUUUCCAGACUCUCAAGUCAGGAGGACUUCGAGUUUGGUAUCAGCCAGACUACUGUCCCAUAACCCAGCCAGUCAAUUUAUAUUAUAGCCUUAACAUCAUCUCCCCCAUUAAAAAGUAUCUAAACAAUUUUCCCCCAUGCUACUAGGUUAGCAUUUAGUUUGCAACAGUUAGGGUUUGUCUAAACCUUGCUGUCUGCUUCUCUGACCUGUGGAAGGUUUAUUGCGAUCUCCUCCGUGCCAUGCAUAUGAACGUGAAGUGACUGACAGUUUCUCUGAGCCAGACAAAUUCAUUUAUCAGGAUCAUUAUAAUGGAUAUAUCCAAAGAAAUGGCAAAAGAAACAAACAAAUGUAAAACCAAGGAAAGUACACAUAGUUACUGUCAUUUCAGCUGCUUUCUUUAGUUGGCUAGAGCAAAGGAGAAGUACAGUAGCUAGCCUGGAGCUACAUGCCAAUGAUUUGUUUAGCAUAGCAAUCAUUGCAAAAAAUAAUGGAUAGAAUGAACGACCAGCCCAUUUAGCUAACAACUUAAGACCUCAUAAUUAUUUUAAAAAUGUUUGCAUUUUAUCGCACCUACAGUAUAGUUUUUAUGAUCAUAGGACAUUUCCCACUAAAUCCACCCACACUCCUAUUCAAAUAGUCAUCUCUACUACUCAGCUGUCGUUGUCUUUUUACUUGCUUGAGGAAAUGCAGUAGAUAUUUACUGAAGUGGGAAUGAGAUAUUGGACUUUGAUCCAUCACUGACAACGAUGUGCUUGAAGUAUUUCCAUCACAGUAAUGAUGAUGCACUGGGUACUCUGAUCAUGAUGUGUAAUCAAUUAAUGUCGCGUUUUUUCAGUUUGCUUUACUUCUUUGUCCAUAAGCUUCUGAUUGAGGCUUAUAGGACUUCAGAAAAAUUUAUACUUUUUAAAACUUUAAAAAAAACUUUUUGUUAUUCUUACUUUUUCAAGAACUGUCCGUUCAAAACGAUACUGAAAAAUCGUUUUGAGUUUUGGAAUGGCAUCAUAUUUCAUGGCCAUUCUGUAGUACUUAUCAUGGAGAUGGUCAAAAACAAACUACUGUCUCACAGGUUGAUGGAAUUUCACAAUGCCAUUACUAACAAAAUAAAAUCUAAGAUGGUAAAAGAGAA